AUGUCCAACCCACCUCGCGAUGCCCUCCACUUCCCCCAAUCAGAUGUCCAACACAUCAACCCAUACCUCCCACCACAAUCCACCAGAUCUCAUUCAACAAGCCCAUCAUCACCACCAAAACCCUACGUAACCCUCACCUUCGCCAACUCCCUCGACUCCUCCCUCUCCCUCUCCCCCGGCAUCCAAACCGCCCUCUCCGGUCCCCAAUCAAAAGCCAUGACGCACUAUCUGCGCUCUCGCCACGACGCCAUCUUAAUCGGUUGCGGCACAGCAAUCGCCGACGACCCAUCACUGAACUGUCGAAUCGACGGUGUUGGCGGGUACGGUGGCGCAGGACUCGAGGGACAGCCUCGGCCUGUUGUUGUGGAUCCGAAUGGGCGCUGGGACGUUAGCGAUGCGAGUAAAGUCGUGAAAUUGGCGAGGGAGGGGAGGGGAAAGGGGGUUUGGGUUGUUAGUGCGAAGGGGAGCAUUAGUGAAGAAAAGAAGGUGGUGGUUGAGAGCGUUGGGGGGGAGGCGUUUGAGCUUGAGGUUGUGGAGGGGAAGAUGGAUUGGAAAAAGAUUUUGAAUGUCCUUGCGAAAGAAGGGAUUAGGAGUGUUAUGAUCGAGGGUGGAGGCGCGGUUAUCAAUGGUCUAUUAUCGAAGGAGAAUAUGGGGCUUGUGGACUCGGUUAUUGUCACUAUUGCUCCGGUGUGGUUGGGGAAGGGGGGAGUACAGAUGCACAAGCAGCGGCAUUGGAAUCGAGCUCUAGGUGAUACUGAACACAUAUAG